ACUGUUCCAAAAUAUGUGUUAAACCUGGACCAUCUGGAUCAAACUUUGACGAGACGCAAUCGGAAAGCAUAUGCCCUAAAAAAUGGUGGGCAUGCUCUGCUCCCCAGAGAGAGAAAGAGAGAUGGGGAAAGAGAGAGAGAGUUUUAGCAGUAGAGCGAGAGAGUGAGAGAGAUUUGAAUCAAGACGACGAUUUAUUGAUUAUAGAGAGAUAAAAGGGGGGAGAGAGAAGCAUGGCAAGUGGAGGAGAAAAUGAGGAGAGAGAAGAGCAUGUCUCUCUCUUCGUUCUUGCUUCUGAUCUCACAAUAGACCCUCGACCUUUCCUUGAGAAGUCUCAGAGGGAAGCAGAAGAAGAAGAAGAGAGAGAUAUAUGGCAUGAAUGUCCUUCUUCUCUUGCACCUGAAGAUUUCUCAGACCUCGACAUGCUUCAGGUCUUCACUUUGCAGGGAACUGAUAAGCAUGGCAAUCGUAUCGUCCGUAUAGUUGGAAAGCUCUUUCCUGCUCCAGUGAUCAGUGGGGAGAGGCUGAAAAGAUACAUCUUGUAUAAGAUAUCAAGUGAACUACAAGAAAGCCCAUUUUGCAUUGUUUAUAUUCACAGCUGUGUCCAGAAAGAGGAUAACUCUCCAGGGAUUUCCAUUCUAAGGUGGAUUUAUGAAGAUCUUCCCUCAGAUUUCAAGGAGAGACUCCAAAUCGUUUACUUUCUGCAUCCAGGGCUUCGAUCUAGGCUCUUUGUUGCGACUUUCGGGCGCUUUUUAAGUGGAGGUUUGUACUCGAAAAUCCAAUACGUUAGUCGGUUGGAAUAUCUUUGGGAUGAGAUCAAGAAAGGGCAAGUUGAAAUUCCUGAAUUUGUACAAUCUCAUGACAAUGAUCUUGAGCACAGGCCUUUGAUGGACUAUGGCAUAGAGCCGGACCUUCUUCGUCUUCAGGAGAUGCCUUCUUCAUAUUCAUAUAUGAGGCAAGAAGAAAGAUGGGCUUCACGGGCAUACUCUUGAUGUGUUUAGAUUGUUAAACACUUAAUUAUGAAAGUUUGUGUAUACUUCAUAAUCUGUCAUGCAUAGAGAAGGGGAUGUAUUCGGUUUUAUGAACUUGACCAGUUACCCAAACUAAAAUGUAUGAAAACGUUGAGUGUUGUAUGAAACUAUAAAUUGAGCACUUUUGUUGGCUAUUAAUAUGAUUGCAUUUCUAUUUGGUGGUUAA